UCAGGGUCCCGCCAGCGCUGUAGUUUCUCGAGGUCUUAAAAACACGCGACCGCGGCGUGCGCGGCUGUAGCGCGUGCAGGACGGGCUUGCACGUGACGGUGUUACGUGAGAACGGCCUCGGUCGCGCGGUGGAACGACUGCUCGUCUGAGGCACUGGGUGAGAACCAUCAGGGUACUUUUGAGAGGAGUGGGAUUGGAACCAACCACCUUCAGAUGCUGUGUGCCUCCAGGUCCCUGGAUGAGUUUGUGCAAGGGCUGGUUUGAACGUCAUUGACUGUUGUCAUCCACUGAGAUUGUUCCUCCCACACCAUGGCCUCAGAGGAACCAGAAGUGGGGCUCUUCAUCCCUGAGAGAGCAGAGAUGUACCGGAACUCCACGGAGGUGAAGAUGAGCCAGAUCGUCUUGCCCUGCCAUGCCAACCAUCGCGGGGAGCUCAGCGUGGGCCAGCUUCUCAAGUGGAUGGACUCCACAGCUUGCUUAUCUGCUGAAAGGCAUGCUGGGUGUUCCUGCAUCACUGCUUCUGUUGAUGACAUCCACUUUGAACACACCAUAGGUGUUGGACAAGUGGUCAACAUCAAGGCUAAGGUCAACAGAGCCUUCAACUCCAGCAUGGAGGUGGGCAUCAUGGUCAGCUGUGAGGACCUCUUUGCUAAUCGUCAGUGGAAGGUGUGCAAUGCCUUUGCCACCUUUGUGGCCAGACACACAGAUGAAGGGAAGGUGCAGCUGAAGCAGGUGAUGCCUCAGACGCAGGAAGAGCAGACGGAGUACAGCGUUGCUGCUGAGAGGAGGAGGAUGAGGCUCCUUCACACAGAGAUCAUGAAGGACUUGCUUGGAAAUGGCCCAAAAGGAGAUGACUGCCAGGAUUUUGAUGAUGCGGUGCCAUCAGAACGGACACGGGUGGAAAGCGUGGAACUGGUGCUACCUCCCCAUGCCAACCACCAGGUCAACACAUUCGGGGGCCAGAUCAUGGCCUGGAUGGAGAAUGUGGCCACCAUUGCUGCCAGCCGCCUGUGCAAUGCUCACCCGACCCUCCGGACCAUUGAUAUGUUCCACUUCAGGGCACCAUCCCAGGUCGGGGACCGGGUUGUCCUGAAGGCCAUUGUGAACAAUGCCUUCAAAAACAGCAUGGAGGUGGGUGUGUGUGCAGAGGCAUAUCGGGGCAGGGAGACACCAAGGCACAUCAACAGUGCCUUCAUGACAUUUGAAGUCCUGGAUGCGGAAGGGAAUCCCCGGAACUUGCCUCGGAUUAAACCAGAACCACUGGAUGGGCCAAGGCGGUACCGAGAGGCCAUUGCCAGGAAGAAAAUCAGGCUGGAUAGGAAGUACAUAAUCUCCUGCAAGCAAACAGAGGUGCCCCUGUCUGUGCCUUGGGAACCCAGCAACCAGGUAUACCUCAGUUAUAACAAUGUGUCUGCCCUGAAGAUGCUGGCUGCCAGGACCAACUGGGUUUUAACCUCUGAGAAAAACAAGGUCAAUCUGUACACCCUGGAGGAGAACCAAGUGCUCUGCUUCAAAGUGGAGACCCAUGUGGACAUUGCAGCCAAGCGGGUCUUUGCGCUGCUGUCAGAUCUCACCCGAAGAAAGGAAUGGGACAGACACUACAAGCACUGUGAGAUGAUCAACCAGGUGGAUGAGGAAGAUGCCAUCUACCACGUCAUCACUCCUUCAGUCAGCAAAACCAACAAGGGGCAGGACUUCAUCCUUCUGGCUUCCUGCCGGACACCCUGCAACUCUGGAGACCCCUACUUGAUCGCCCUGCGCUCCGUCACCUUGCCCACGCACCCCCCCACAGAGGACUACAUCAGGGGAGAAAUUUUCUGUGCUGGAUUUAGCAUCUUGGAAGUUUCUAGCAUGGUCUGUAAGGUCUCCUACUACAACCAGGCCUCUCCAGGAGUUCUGCCCUAUAUCUCCAAUGACAUUGCAGGCCUCUCCUCUGGCUUUUAUAACAGCUUCUGCUCCUGCAGCAAAUUCUUGGAGGAGAACAAAGAAAGCAGGGCUACUGCAGACUCCACUGCAUUCUGAAGCCUGGCUGUGAGGGAGGCCUAGCAGGAGUGGUUCUGGGGGAGCUCUGCCGGUCUGCUAGUAAACAGUGGGGGGUAAUAUUUGUGCCAUUCCCCCCUCCCCCCAAAUCACUCUUGGUAUUUUGCUGAUGUACAAAUUUCUCUAUUGAUGGUACAGAAUUUUGACCUUUCAACAGUCUUCUGUUUUGCUCUUCUGUCAGAACCUGCUAAUAGGUUGGACAAUAGUUGAAAUGGAACAGUUGUGGUCAAAUAUUGCAAGUAAAACUUGGAUAUUUAUUUCUGUUCAUUAAAGGAUGGUAUAUAU